CUAACCGUUCAGAGUGGAGAGCAGCGGAGCGGCGACCACAACUCUGGCAACUCCUUUACAUUACCCAGAGCACGGAUUGCUCCUCAGGCGGCCGGUACAGUCUCCCUCCGGUGUUGUCCCAUAAAGUCCUGAGUCCAAGUGUCAGUCUGGUUUAAAGACUUCAGCCUUCUCUGCGGAGUCCAGGUUUGGUCACAGCCAGAUUUCGUCUGCAUCCAAGAGCCUCGUGUCCGGUCCAGGCCGAGUUCAUUUCAGUUUUUGGUGGAGGCCAGUCCAGCGUUUCAAGCUGGACGGAGGAGAGACGAGUGCGGCCGAGGGCCCGGCCUUCGUGCUGCGACACAGAACUUCAAAUCUCAUAGAAAACGCCACAGAGCGCACGCCUACAGAUCCCAUGAGUCCGCGGGAGAAAGAAGAGACGGCCACCUCAGGUUCUUCAACGAGUCACCUCAGCACCGCAGAGUGCCCCUCACACAAUGGGAGCGUCCCAGAGUGCGAUGAGGAGAGACGGAUAAACGAAGAGGACGGCAGAGGAAGAGAAGGAGACGAGAAAGAGCAGGAAGAGGAUGAGAGGAGCAGCGAUGAAGGUUUCAUGGGAAUGACCCCGCUGCUGCAAGCUCAUCAUGCCAUGGAGAGGAUGGAGGAGUUUGUACACAAGGUGUGGGAGGGCCGGUGGCGCGUCAUACCUCACGACGUGCUCCCAGAUUGGCUGAAGGACAACGACUUCCUGCUUCAUGGCCACAGGCCGCCCAUGCCUUCUUUUCGCGCCUGCUUCAAGAGCAUCUUUAGAAUUCACACAGAGACGGGAAACAUCUGGACGCACCUGCUCGGAUGUCUGUUUUUCCUCUGUCUCGGUCUGAUGUACAUGUUCAGACCCAACAUGUCUUUCGUGGCUCCGGUCCAGGAGAAGGUGGUGAUCGGGAUGUUUUUCCUGGGAGCCAUCCUCUGCCUCUCCUUCUCCUGGCUCUUUCACACAGUCUACUGCCACUCUGAGGGCGUGUCCAGAGUCUUCUCCAAGUUGGACUACAGCGGCAUCGCCUUCCUGAUCAUGGGCUCCUUCGUGCCCUGGUUGUAUUACUCCUUCUACUGCUCCCCUCAGCCCUGCUUCAUCUACCUGAUAGUGGUGUGUAUACUGGGACUGGCCGCCAUCACCGUGUCCCAGUGCGACUUCUUCGCCACGCCGCAGUACAGAGGAGUCCGAGCAGGCGUGUUUGUGGGUCUGGGCCUGAGCGGUGUUGUUCCCACACUGCACUUCGUCAUCAGCGAGGGUCUGAUCAAAGCCACCACCAUCGGUCAGAUGGGCUGGCUGCUGCUCAUGGCGACGCUCUACAUCACCGGAGCCUGUCUCUACGCCGCUCGCAUCCCCGAGAGGUUCUUCCCUGGAAAAUGUGACAUCUGGUUCCACUCCCACCAGUUGUUCCACAUCUUGGUGGUGGCCGGGGCCUUCGUUCACUUCCACGGCGUCUCCAACCUGCAGGAGUUCCGCUACACGGCCGGAGCUGGCUGCGCCGAGGACGGCACCCUCUAACGCUAACACUGACCCGCUCAUUCACUGACACACAUGUUUUCGGGGAGGCACUGGUUCUAAUAAUAUGCACAGAAUCACACUCGCUCCUUAAACACACACCAUGCUCUCCACCUCCUCCCCCCCCAAACUGAAAACCGAAGUGGCUUCGUCCCGCCGUGUGUCUGUGUGCGUAGUACACAGGAUGGCCUCCCAGGGGGCGCUAUUAAACCCGACUGACAAAGGGUUUGUGUUCUCUUUCUGUCCCUUUCGUCUGUCCGUCUGUCCAUCCCCACCUCCUCUGGCUCUGUUGCUUCGAUUAUAAAACCACUUCUGAGACAGCGUGUUUUAUAAAGCAGUUUGUGAGACUCUCUCUUGGACGUUCCUCCUGUCGAUGGGGAGGAGGCGACACAUCCAGAACCUCCCUUCAGUAAUUCUACGUUUUAUUCUAGAAUUAAUGGUUUGAGUUCAAGAGGAAGCAUAAUUGUGGCUUUAAAAAAAAAAACAUUUUGGGGUGGUUUUUUUUGUGUCGAAUGCUGUUUUUCAAGUCACUUUUUAGAGCAUUUAGAUAUGAAAAAAUGUGAGUGGAAAAUUCCUCGGUGUGAGAGUUUGCGAGGGGAGACGUGGGGAAACGGGGCGGGCGAGGGGUUAAUAGUCACUUUUAAAAGUUAAAAAGAAAAACACACAAAAAAAAGCUUUUCCAUGUAAAUAAGAUUUCUAAAUUUUGGGUUAUAGAUUUGUAUUAAAUAUAUAUAAAAAAAAUAAGAAAAAAAAUGAUAUAAAUGAUGGAAAGAUGAUGUUUGGUGAUAAAUCAAUGGACAGAUGAGGAGGAGAGGGGUUCUAUCUGCACUCGCUGUGGAGAAAACAGUUGGCGCUUCAAACAACUUUAUGUCGUCUGUAAAUGUGAGGACAGCAGGAGGAAGUCGUGAAGAAACUAAAGGCACAACAUCUGAAUUUUAACAAGCUUUGAAACUCCCUGGUUUUUUUCCUGCAGUGUCGGCGGGAAGUGACAACUCAAAGAGUCGCUUUUCUGGUGUACAAAAAAAACCUCGACAGACGGCAGUUACUGUCCAAUCAGCGGCCUCGCGUUUGAGUCAGAGCAGCGAUUCUCCAAUUAGAUUUGUGCUUAACCAAAAUGGAAAAAACUACGAAAACGAUCCAAGAUAUGUAGCGGUUUCCUUUAUUUUACUGUAAAUUGUCUGAUGUAUCUAAAAGAUAAAAGCUAAUUUCCGCCAGUUUAUUUUUUCUAUAACGUGCCCUUAAAUGAUUUAUUGAAACACAUCAAGGAUAGCUACGAUAUUUUUUUAUUAACGAGGCCCCGGAGUCGAUGUAUCACGUUGGUGCAGAUGCAGUUCACUUUAGUCCUCCUCCUCUGCUGUGACUCUCGGUGAGAUUCACCUCCACACAGAACAAGUUUAACCUGUCGAGAAGUCUAUAUAUUGUUUUCUUUUUGAUUGAGUUGUAUUUUUAUUUAUCCACUGCUGUUACCAUUAUAUUUUCGAGCUUUAAUUUUUUUUCUCUUUCAUUGGUUUGUGUGUUUGCUCAGCCAGAGAUCAUCAGGUGAGGUGAGGGAAGGGCAGGAAGUCUCUUUCACCUAGAAAAAAAAAAAAGCAAAAACAACAACAUGAAGUUCCUCAAACAAUCUGACAACGUUCUGAAAAAGUUCCAUCUACUUCAAGGGCUCGUGAAUAGUCUCAGAUACUGAGAGGUUAAUACAAGGUGAACUUUUUGCAUUUCUGUUUUCUGGCAAUACCAAAAUCUUACACCUGCACAAUGAAAACACUUAAAACAUAUAAAGACUAUAUUCUCAGCUUGUAUUUCUAUGAUUGUUUUGAAAUUUAGGUUUGAUUGAUCUUCUUUGCUUUGCUUAGAAGAAGAAAAAGAUCUUAUUUUCACUGUCUGUCUUUUUUUUUUUUCUUUUUCUUUUGCUCAUUUUUCUGUUUUAUCUAGUUUAUGAUAAUUUAUUUCUCCUGGGGGGGCGCAUAUUGUCUGUUGAAGCACACGUUCCGUUCUGAUGGGAGUGUUUGAUUGCAAUAGACCUUUAUAUCUGCUGUAUUGUUCUAAUAAAAAGGUUUUUUGAAUCUGU